AUGGAUAAAGAAAAAGUUGUAGUAAACUUUGAGAAUCUCAAAAAUAUUUACAAUUUAUUUUUAUACAAAAUUAAAGAAUCCGCUGAUUUAACAAGCCAAGGAAAAUGUGAAAAACAUAAACAAAACGAAGAAGUAAGAAAUGAUGAUGGAAGUAUAAAAUGGAGAAACAAUGAACUUUAUGAUGAAAAUAACAAUGUAAAUGAAAAAGCGAGUGAAAAUUCACAAAAACACAAUGAUAAUAAAAUUGAGAAUUCUUUAUAUGAAACAGAAGCAAAAAAAGAAACAACUUGUAAUGAAUGUAUAGAUAAGCAUGAAGGAAAUAUAAUUCUAUUUAGUUAUAUUGGGAAAAAACUAUUUUUGAACAAUAACUUAAUUGUAAACAAAAAUGAAAAUUUAAAAAAUUACAUUAUAAUAAAAAAGGAAAACAGCUUAUGGAUGAUAUUCGGCAAUAAAAAGAAUCUCUAUGCAGUAAUAAUAAUGUCAACAAAUAAAAGAAAGGGUAAUAAGAAAGAUAAACAAAAAAAAAAUGUCCAAAAAAUUGAUAUAAAAAAUAAAUAUUCAUAUAUAUAUUCUAUUUAUACUUAUUGCAAAAUUCGAUAUAAUAGUGAUUUGAGAUAUUUUAUACAAAUUAACUUUUUAAAAUUCACUUUUAAAUUUCUAAAAAUCUGCACUAUAAAUUUUAACGAACAUUUGUUAUUAUUAUUAUUAAAUUAUACAUAUUUACAGAAUGAUGAUAUAAAAAAUAAAUUCAAAUAUUUUAACAACUCAAAUGUUUUAUAUUUCAUUGUGGUUAAUAUUUUUGAACGUAAAAAUGAUCAAUCUUUAAUUGAUGGUGUAAUAAAUGUGUUAAAAAGAGGAAAGAAAAAAUCUAGUAUUUUUCACAUAAUAAAAAAUAAACCAUAUUGUGAUAAUAUCCAAUUCCUUAACUCUAAAAAAUUGUCUUCUCAUAAUAAAUUAUAUACAACUUGUUAUUUUAGUAAUAAUACUGAAUCAAAUUUAUAUGAACAAAGGAAAAGUCUAUAUAAUGAAGAAAAAAUAAAAAAAAAUGACAAUAUUCCGCUAAUUAGAAAAAGUAAUGAAUUUUUUCAAAAUAUAUUGUCCAUUUUUUCUUUGUUAAAUAAAGAAAAUAAACCUCUAUUAAAUUUUUAUAAUUUAGAAAACCAUACAAGGAUAUUUAUAUAUAAUUGUGAAAAAUUAAAUAGAAAUAUUUUUAUUCAUUUUUUAAAAAGUUUUCAAAAUUUUUAUAUUUAUUUCAUAAAUUUAAAUACAUUAUUUGGUUUAUAUUUCAGUGAAACAGAAAGAAAUAUUGUUAACAUCUUUGAAAAAUGCCAUAAAGUUUUGAGACGCGUUUCAAAAAAUGUUUGUUUGGUUAUUGAUGGUAUUGAUAUAAUGGCAAAGAAUGAUACGAAAAAUAUCAAAGGAAAUAUUAACUCACCAAUAAUUAAUGAAGUUACUAAAAAAUAUGACGAUGUUAAUAAAAAUCGUAACAAUAGAUUAUUAGCCACUUUAUUGUUAUGCCUGGAUAGUGUAGACAAUGAUACAUCUAAUAAGUACAAAGCAACUAACUAUAAUAACAAAAAUAACUUCGAAACAAGUUCAGACGAUAUCAAAGUAAAGUCAAAAAAAAAACAAAAAGAUUGUAUAGAAAACAAGAAAAAUAAUAUAUCUAUGGAUAAUGAUCACGAUGAUCCUAACUUUUCUUUUUCCGAAUUUAGUGAUAAUAAUGAUUGCUCAGAUAAUACAGAAAGGGAAAGAGAGAAAAAAAAAAAAGGGAAAAAAAAAAAAAAAUUAUCUGAACAUAUAUAUUUUGAUAUUAAAAAACUAGAAAAAAUUUAUAAAGAAAAAUAUGAAGAGCUAAUAAAAAAAAAAAAAAAUAAUAAUUUAAGUGUUAUUGUUAUAAGUGAUAUGGACUUAACGAAUUUUGAUACUUCUUUAACAAGAGCAGGAAGAUUUUUUCAUUACAUAAAUUAUCGAUCAUUCUGCUAA